UGAACGAGAAGCUAUAAAAGACAGUUUUAACCAACGGAACGGUGAUUUAAGGUUAAUUUUACAAUGAAGCGCUUGAUGUUAUUGUUGGUGCUUGGUCUGCUGUGCAAGACCAUAGACGCAGGGAAAACGACUAGAUUCAGUGUGGUUAAAACUUGGCAAAGUUUUCAGAGCAACGGAAGCUAUACGUGUACAUGUGACGACGAUCCUUGGAAAGAAGCUCUUCAGGAUCAUUAUGAUAAAUGUAAAGAAACUGCUGGGCUAUUAAAAGGAGAUGCAUUUCAAAUUGCUGACACCACUUUAAAUUCAUUUGAGAAACAUGUGACGAAAUUGAUUUACUUCAGUAAUUCAGAUUCACCAAUAGUUCAAUCAGGUGCCACGAGAAUUUUGAAGUUAUUGGGCCAAGCUGACAACAUGGAGGGAUCCGGCGCAAAUUUCAUUGCUGAGUACGUGAAAGUCAUUCCUCUGCAGAUCAGUGAAUACAUUGAGAUCGCUAAAAAUCUAUCGGAACAUAUUGGCGAUGAACAAACCAAGUCCUUCACAAAGGCUGUUCAAAAUUUUGGUACUGUACUCACCAAGUUUAUGAAGGAAUUUACAAACAGUUGUCUAUUUUUAAAUUGCAAAAGAAGCGUUGAUUUCACACCCGUUCUAGAAGUAUGCCAAAAACUUUUGAAUACAUUGGCGCUCAUUGAUCAGACACUAUCGAAUGAUUGCGGUACUGCAGUAACCCAGAAAAUGUAUGACUCAGUUUUAGUUUUGCAUUUGCUCACUUUGGACUUAUUGAUUUCUGUCCCAGCUGUACAUAGUUGUGUUUUAGGUGAGCUCAACGAUCGUAACUAUCCAGUUUCGAAAUCGGUCAAAUCCUGCUCCAUUUCAUUCGAGCAAGCACUUGUUAAACUUACUAAUGCUGUUAGCACUGUCGUUUCAUCUUCCACCCAAAGCAUUAAAAAUUUGAUGACCGUUUUCCUUGAGAUAACCUCGGUCCUAAAUGCAGCAGUAGAAAGCGUUCUAGGACUGGCCAACGCUUUGUUGUUGACUGUCGACACAACAGUUAUCAAUUUAGUGAAAGGGCUUCUUCCAAGCAUAGGGAAAUAAAAAGGCUGGUCGACCA